CCCGCCAAAUUUCACUGCAAAUGAACCAUCAGAAACUUAACAUGCAGAAGAAGCCUUCAAGGUGUAGUGAAUGUGGGAAAUUCUUUACUCAGAGGUCGUCUCUUACUCAGCACCAGAGGAUUCACACGGGAGAGAAGCCCUAUGUAUGUAGUGAAUGUGGAACUUGUUUCCGUAAACAGUCAAAUCUUACUCAACAUUUGAGAAUUCACACAGGAGAGAAACCUUAUAAAUGUAAUGAAUGUGAGAAAGCCUUUCAAACAAAAGCAAUCCUUGUUCAGCAUCUGAGAAUUCAUACUGGAGAGAAACCCUAUAAAUGCACUGAAUGUGGCAAAGCUUUUUGUCAGAGCCCUUCCCUUAUCAAACAUCUGCGCAUUCAUACUGGAGAGAAACCCUAUAAAUGCACUGAAUGUGGCAAAGCCUUCAGUCAGAGCAUUUGCCUUACUCGUCAUCAGAGAAGUCACUCUGGAGUUAAACCUUAUAAGUGUAAUGAAUGUGGGAAAGCCUUUAAUCAGAGUGCAUGCCUCAUGCAGCAUCAGAGAAUUCAUUCAGGAGAGAAGCCCUACACAUGUACUGAAUGUGGCAAAGCCUUCACUCAGAACUCUUCCCUUGUUGAACAUGAGAGAACUCACACUGGAGAGAAACUUUAUAAGUGUAGCGAGUGUGAAAAAACUUUCCGCAAGCAAGCACACCUUAGUGAACAUUACAGAAUCCAUACUGGAGAAAAACCUUAUGAGUGUGUUGAAUGUGGGAAAUCCUUCAGGCACAGCUCAGCACUUGUUCGACACCAGAGGCUUCAUGCUGGAGAAUAAAACUUGGGAUAUAAACCAUGUGGAAAGAUUUGUAUGAAAAUGCCACCCCCCUCCCCCCCAAAUUCUUAGAUAUUGAAGACUAAGUCUUCAGCUAGGAUGAAUGUUCUAUAUGUUGAGCAAGAGGCAGUGUGUCCUGAAAGUUAAGAAAAUAGAUCAGAAUUAGAUAGUCUUGAGUUUGAUGCCUUCUCUGCCACAUAAUGGGUGUACGACCUGAUUCUGAGCCUGCUUUCCCCAUCCUCAAAAGAAUAAUGACGAUGUUUACUAGGGUUAUCUUUAAAACUUUUUUUUUUUUAACGUUUAUUUAUUUUUGAGACAGAGAGAGACAGAGCAUGAA